AUGGCUGCCGGAGAAUCCAGUCCGGCGACUUUCGGGCUCCUCGUCCUCAACCUCGCGCUGUACAGCGCCCUCGCCAUCGUCGCCGGCUGGGCCAUCAACUACGGCGUCGAGGAGACAGCCAAGACAGGUAAAAGCCGUAGGGGAGGGAGAAUGUUAAAUCAUCUUCCACGCUGGGCCUGAAUUGCCGUUUCCGCCGACGUGAACUCUGUCUGUAGCUUUCGUGAUCCCCGCGAGACUGUUCCCGAUCGUGUACCCAAUCGGGAACAUGGCCACGGGCUUCUUCGUCAUCUUCUCCCUCGUCGCGGGGACAGUCGGCGUCGUCACCUCGCUCGCGGGGCUCCACGGCGUCUCCGGCGGUGGCGUUCCUCGCCUCUCGGCGGCGGCGGCUUUCGCCCUCAUCUCCUGGUCCCUCACCCUCCUCGCCGCGGGGUCAGCAACCGACCUCUCCCCUUAACCAUGAGAAAAAGCUCAAAGCUCCCGCCCUAAAAACACAACCUUACUCACACCAUCUUUUUCUCUUCUUCUCUUAUCUCCGCCUGCAGCGUCGCCUGCAAGGAGAUCAGCAUCGGGUGGAGGGCGGCGAGCCUGGUAAUCGAUCAAUCAUUCUACUACUACAACUACUACUAACUACUAUUAACUACUACUAACUACUACUAACUACUACUAACUACUACUAACUACUGCUAACUACUGCUAACUACUGCUAACUACUGCUAACUACUGCUAACUACUGCUAACUACUGCUAUUACUACCACAACUACUACUGCUCAUGCAUUCAUGCCUUGGUCGUACCGCAGAGGACUCUGGAGACGCUGUCCAUCGUCCUCAGCGGGACCCAGCUGCUGUGCGCCGGAGCGAUCCACGCCGGGCUCACGGGGGCAGCGUCCACCCAGCGAAUGUCUGCUACGUAUGGCAGAGCGUUCUGA